GUGCACCCCAUUAGCGGAAGUUCUUAUGGAAGUAGGAAAAUUUUUAAUAUGUAAAUUUUUAUUCCUGUAUCAGUGUGAAACCUGUGCAUAAUUAGCUUGCAAAUUUGAUUUUCUCUCGAUAGUUUGAUAAUGGUGAGUUUUUUAAAACAAAUGGGCCAGAAAGACAACUGCUAGGCUUGUAGAUGAGUGUUCCAGAGAGCUGCUCUGCCAAACAUGGCCAGCCGAACGAGUCCUUCACGAAUUCCAAUACCUGUGCGGAGCCCUCCACAAUCUGUUAAAACAUCAAGGAUUCCAGUCAGAAGUCCGCAGAUUCAGGUGCGAAAGCCGGCACCACCACCGUCUAAUGGACAGGUAACAAAAAAAGAACUAACUGAACACACACAUAAAAAACACGCAGAAGCAAACCUUCAGUCCUGUCAUGAGAACGGUUUAAUAAUUGACACCACUCCCAAAGGUGAAUCUCCUCAGAGACAAAAGGGCAAGGGAUUUGAAACUUUCCUCAUGACCGGAGACAUGAUCAUUCGGACCACUCCUCCCCACCAGAAAUCGCCACGAACGGACAGCUCCAAAUCUCCGUCGCUGAAAAAUGACACCGAAGACUUGUUUGGUGGCAAUUACGACAACGCGUGUCUACAGAACGUCAGUCCUUCCAAGAUUCACUCGACCAAAUCCCAUCCUGCACCGAUGCCGCCUCCACCUGUAAGCAGAAGCAUCUCUGAGAUUGUGAAAGCACCGGUAGCCACAAUAGAAGAUUUGAGUGACAUGUCGCAGUCCGAGUCGUCGUCCUGCAGUGAGGCACUCGUGGUUUCGGUUAGUGACAAAUUUGUAGACACGCCAAUUAUUGAGUCUUGUUCUCUGCACAAAGAACCAAUGCACAUGUCCAAAUCACAGACAGACGAUUCCAGAGGCGAUCAGAUAGACGGUGUGGUGCUCACGCUUAAUGGUGGGUACGAAAAACAUCUCCAUGAUCUACCAAGCUCCGGUGACUCGGGGGUCCAGCAGGACAGUCAGAGUUCAGACUCGGACGAGGAUGCCACAAAGUAUUCUUCGUUGCCGGAGGUCACCAAUUCUGAUGAUGCACCAUUGCCUGUUAUGACCUCGAGCCAGAGUGAGGAGAAGAUUGCUGGCGCGCAGAAACAGACUCAGUCGGUGGUUCGAACGAGCAAGAGCCACGAGAACUAUUUAGAAUCCGAGACGGGUCUUGCUCUGGUUAAUAUUGACAUAGACGAUGAUAUUUCGUACUCUCUAGACACGCUUGCGUGCAGUGCGAACAGUCCUGCUGCAUCAGUGGAACAGGUUAGUGAGCCUACCUCUCGCAGUUUGCACAGCACGCCAGAGAGACGAGAGGAAAAAUCUAAUGAACGGGUGUUUAUGCCAGGUUUUAUCAGUUUGGAGGAGCCAAAAGUUUUAAAGGAUACCAGCAGAAUUCAAAAUAACGUGCCCUCUGUAAAUAGUGUUUCUGAAAAACUGUGUCCGACCGUUCAAGCUAAUACUUUGUCUAAUCAUAAUAAUCAUGCGGUUGAGGAAUUGGAGAGUAUGGAGUCGUCUGACCUGCUUAAUUCGAGUGACUUGGAUAUCUCGGACAUUAGCAGUCUGUAUCACCAGCCAAUGAAGAGCGUGGACCGCCCAUCAGCUGCUAGACUUGCCAAAAGACUUUACCACAUGGAUGGAUUUAAAAAGGGCGAUAUUUCAAGACAUCUUUCCAAAAAAAACGAUUUUAGCACGUUAGUUGCAGAGGAAUAUUUCAAGUAUUUUGAGAUAAAAGGUGACACGCUAGAUAUGGCACUGAGGAGAUUUCUAAAACAGUGCAACUUGAGUGGGGAAACUCAGGAGCGUGAAAGGGUCUUGAGCCAUUUUUCUCGAUUCUACAUGGAGUGCAACCCGAACACUUUCAAUUCUGAGGAUGCUUGCCAUACCUUGACAUGUGCAAUAAUGCUGCUGAACACUGAUCUACAUGGGCAGUUUGUUGGUAGAAAAAUGACAUGUGCCGAGUUUGUGGAAAACCUUGCUGGACUAAAUGAUGACAGAGACUUUCCAAAGGAAGUCCUCAAAGCAAUCUACCAUGCAAUCAAAGCAGAACCACUGGAGUGGGCAACUGAUGACGAGCCACAAGAGAAAGAAGCAUUGACAGAUCUUCCUGGUCCAGCCAUAACGGCAGUUCCGCAACAUUUUAUUGGUUCAAACCCGUUUCUUGAUCUGCCAGACCCCUUAAAAACUACGGAGUACAAAAAGGGCUACGUCAUGAGAAAGUGCUGCUUAGAUGCUGAUGGAAGGAGAACUCCGCUGGGUCGUCGCAGUUGGAAGAUGUUUUGUGCAGUGCUGCGUGAUAUGAUUCUAUACCUGUACAAGGAUGAACAGCAGUUAAAAAAGGGAACAUUUGUAGAAAACGUGAACAAUGCUGUCCGCAUUCACCACUCACUGGCCACAAAAGCCACCGACUAUACUAAGAAACAACAUGUCUUUAGACUACAGACUUCAUACUAUGCCGAGUUUCUCUUCCAAACGAGUGAUAGUAAGGAGCUUCAGGAGUGGAUCGACACCAUCAACAUGGUAGCCGCCACAUAUUCAGCUCCAGCUUUAGCAGGUGCUGUGGGGUCAAAAGUAAAAAAAUUCCAAAGGCCACUGUUUCCAGCAUCAUACACUCGAUUAAAUAUGAAAGACCAGUUGCAGAAUCAUGAAGAGCGUGUGGCAGUAGUGGAGCUGGAGUUACAACAACACAGGAGCACCACUCCGGAGAAAGGGGCCAAAUCAAGAGUGAUAGCGGAAUACUUGGAGAAAGAAUCUUUCCUCGAAUACGAGAUUAAGCGCUUCAAGACGUACGUGUAUCUGUUACAAGGCAAGAUGAUGGCGUACCCGGAGCUGGAGCCGUCGCUGGUGGAGACGACGAUUGGGGAGGACGAGGAAGUGGUGACCGGGCCCCCCACCGCCGCACCACCCACCGCCACACCGCCCACCGCAGGAUACUCACCCUGGAAACCCGUGCAGCGCAGCCUGUCUGAUAGACCAAUAGGCAGCGAUAUGGAAUAUGAAAGUGACAUCCAUGUGAAUAAAAUAUCCGCUGAUACAUAUCUGUGAAUGCUGAUACACUCUACAAGGAGCAGCUUGGACCAACAUACCAUCGAGAGAUGAGAGAGUGAGUGAGUGAGUGAGUGAGUGAGUGAGUGAGUGAGUGAGUGAGUGAGUGAGUGAGCGAGCGAGAGAGAGAAAGUGAAUGAGUGAGUUUAAGUGGUGAGUGAGUGCUUGCUCUGAUACAGACUUGAUGACCCUAUCAUUGGAGACUGUUCCUCAUAAUUGCGAACGUUUGGCUUCAUAUUCCCGUUACCAUGUUACAUAAAAACAACUACUACAGAAUCUCUCUUUGGAACUUGUGACUUGAUAUGAGAGUCCCUGUUUCAUAACACUCACAGUGUAUAUUUAUUACAGUGAACCUUGUAAUCUUGUUUUUGUUAAAAAUCGAUUCUUACUGACUUUAUUUAAUGCUGCUUUCAUCAGGUGUAAAAACAAAAAUACUUGUAUAACCUGGUGCAUGCUUGCUAGAGUAACAAAAAUACUUGUAUAACCUGGUGCAUACUUGCUAGAGUAAAAAAAAAAUACUUGUAUAACCUGGUGCAUGCUUGCUAGAGUAAAAAAAAAAAAAAAUUGACUGCUUUUCAAGUGAUGAACCUCCAUUCUGUUGGGUACCAGUCUGUUAAAUGGCAUCUUUGUUUGGUACAAAAUGGCGCGUGUUUGUUUGUUUUGUCUUCAGUGUAGAUUAUUGUCUUGAGAAUUUGUGGCAUUUAGUUAGAUGUUGAAUGUUUCAUGUGACUGCAGUUAAGAAGAGUAAUUUUGUACUGUUUAAUAGUCUUAAAUGUGCCAAUAUUAGGAUGAGGAUUUGGGUUUUUUAUUUGUGCAAUUUUAAUCAGAUUUAUCGUUACUUGGUAGCCGAGUGUUUUUUGAAGAUGUAUUUAUUAUGUGUGUACACAUUUCAGGAAAAAAGCCUGCAGUUCAUUUCAAUAGUAUAGUUUGUGAUUGAAAAUAUAUUUUGUUUUAAUAUUUAGGGUUCGUUCACAAAUAUCAACAUUUAUAACAAUCGUACAAGAUAUACUUUUUUCUUUUUUUUCUACCCUGUGUCCCAUCAUAACAGCAUACACCAGUGGACUACUUUAAUCUAAUUUUUCUUUUGUCUGACCUGUAUGAAGUAACAAGGUAUUACCUUUACAGUGUUGGUGGUGGUGGCGGCGGCAACGACUGUAUCAACUUCUGCAUUUAUCUUCAUAUUCACAUUUCGCGUGCAGCUCCAUUUGUCACAAACGAUAAAUCCUAAAUAAAUGAAACUUUGUUUAUAGUUGCACCCAUGGAUGUUCAUCACAAUGCAUGUGAAAAUAUAUUUAAAUGUAACAGAUAAAAAUCAACCUCCACUGAGGGGAUUCGAACCACGGACUCUCAGUGCGAGAGUCCAG